AUGGAUAAAAAAUUAAAAUGUGAAGUUGAAUGGGAUCGAUUAACGAUGUUGUUUGAGGAAAAACGAGCAAAAGAUCUGAUUAUUAUGAGUAAUUCGGAUGCAUUUUUAUCAUUUCAACAAAAAUUGGGUGACGGUGAGUUAACGUCGUGGCAAUUGUGGUCGGAGUUAAUUGAACCCCUAGAACGGAAUAAACUUGAUAUCUCUCAUUACUUGUAUACGGCGGAAAAAUUGGGUACGUCCGGUGAACAACCUAUUUUGGAUGAAUUUAUAAAGUUCCUGCACGUUACCAGUCGCUGCGGUGUUCAAACGGAAAUACAUGAAAAGGCUAAGAAAAUUGUAUAUUCGCCAACACCGUGGGAGUAUAAAAGAUAA